AUGGCACAAGCCGUCGAUACCAUAACUGCUGCAGCAGCUCCUGCGAGCGAUUCAUCUGCCGAAGGUCUAGGCACAGUACCACCAUGGGCACAACAUGUAAUUAGUCAAAGUGCCAAUCUUGGUAUCAAACUAUUUACGUACCAACAGCAUACCGCCAAGGUUGCCAUUGUCGACAAUGCUCGAGGUCUUCUCAACGCUCCAGGCAUUGAAUUCCCUCAACGUGUGACUAAUUUGAUCGAUUAUAAAACAACGAAUUCUACAGUUUUACUGGAGAACUGUUUCCUUGAACAUUGUGGCGUACCUGAUCGCAGUCUAAUCGAUACUGCGAAGGGUAUGACACCCGAUGGUGCGAAAAGCAUGCAGCAAAAUAUGCUUAAAGGCCUAGAUGGUGUCAAACAACAAAUGGCUAGUGACUAUUUGUUGGUAUCGGCUAUCGCUUCAACCGGCUUAAUUGUUGUACAAAUCAUCAAACUAUGGAAUGUAUGGAAAGAAAUCAAACUGGCCGAUAACUUGCACAAAGAUCCGAAUAAGUUUUUGGAAAUUGAACAGAACAUGCUAAUUUUUGAAGAUCUAUGUACAAAAGUACGCCAAUCAAUCGAUCGCAAGGAAUCCCGUCGUAUUCUUUCGUUUACCAUGAAGUUGAGUAACAAAUAUGCAGAAACGCUCAAACUGGUGAACAGUUUGCAAAUCAAAAUUGAAAAUGUUAUGCAGCGUCUCGACCUGGCUGGAGACUCUCAGAUAUAUGAUGGCCUUUCGAAUUUAAUUACGGGUGGAAGUAAUGUCGCUCAACUAAUCCCACUUUUUGAAUCUCUUUCCAAUCCCAAGAAGGCGUUGGGCUGUGUAAUGGCUGGUGCUUUCUUUGUUCUAAUUGGCUUCAAUGUUGCCAUGUAUCAUAUGACACGAAAGCGUUUGCAAGAGCUACGAGAAGAUUAUCAAAAGUUACAACAGCUUGAAUUACAAUUCAAGAAACUGAAUUCCGAUAUACAGCUAGUGUUAGAAGAAGAAGAGGAAAGACAGUCAAGAAACUGA